UGUUUUUUUGAGCUGUGAUUGUGGAAUUGUUGAGGUUUCAAGCUUUUUGUUGUUUUCGACGAUAUUUUAUUGUACAAUUUUGUUUUGUAUUCGACAUUCGUUUGCUCCGAAAGGGCCUUUACAGUAUAUGAUCAAUCCCAGCAGCUCCUCUUAGCAUGAGCACAUGUUGUCGGUAAACACCGCAACGCAGAUAUUUCUUACAGCACUACAGCUUCAUAAGCUCCAAGAAUGGGAAAAUCAGAGAGCCAAAUGGACAUCAUGGAGAAAACCACCAAACCCAGAAAGCAUCGCUGGACCGUCGUGGAGAUCGGAUUGUCCAUCAUUGUGCUUCUGAUGAGCUGCGCGCUGGCUGGACUUACAGUGCUCUACACUUCAGCACUGAGAGAGCGUUUUAAAAGAAAUGGAUCUUCAAAAGGGCUUGAAUAUCGAUCAAACGUUGACAGUAACGUUUGUGCAACGCCAGAGUGCGUCACUGCUGCGGCCCGACUGCUCCAGAACAUGGACCCCAGUGUGAAACCAUGCCAGAACUUCUAUCAGUACGCCUGUGGAGGCUGGAUCGAGCGCCACGUCAUUCCCGAGACGAGCUCACUUCACAGCGUCUUUAAUAUCCUGAGAGACGAGCUGGAGAUUGUGCUCAAGGGAGUUCUUGAGAUGGAGAAUGAGAACGACCGAGAAGCCUUUAAGAAAGCUAAAACACUUUACAGCUCCUGCAUGAAUGAAAAAGCCCAGGCUGCUUUAUGUGUUUGUGGAGCCUCUCCUGUCUCUUUGACGCCCCCUGUAGUUUUGAUCGAGCAGCGGGACUCUCAGCCUCUCCUCGGGCUCAUCGACAGCAUCGGCGACUGGCCCGUGGCCUCUGAGGUCUGGAAUGGCACAUCAGAGGAAUCCUGGAGUUUGGAGGACACAUUGGCUGUCCUGAAUGCACGGUACAACAAGAAAGCAGUGCUGGAGAUGUUUGUGUGGCCGGACGAUCGUGACUCCAGUCGACAUAUUGUUCAUGUUGACCAGCCGGCUUUAGGAAUGCCAUCAAGAGAUUAUUACCUCAGCGAUGGGAAUUAUAAGAAGGUGCGCAAGGCCUACCUGGAGUUCAUGGUUUCCAUGGCGAGGAUAGCACGAGAAGACAGGAACCUGACCCAGGAUGAAGAGCGUGUGUGGGAGGACAUGACUCAAGUGCUGGAGCUUGAGACAGACAUCGCUAAUGCUUCCUCACCGGCAGAAGAACGCAAUGACAUCACUGUGCUGUACAACAAAAUGACACUUGUAGAGCUGCAGCAAACCUUCAAUCUCAAUGGGUUUAACUGGACGCGCUACAUUCAAGGCAUCAUGUCCAGCGUUUCCAUUGCGGUGCAGCCAGAGGAAGCCAUCGUUGUGUACUGCUCACCUUACCUGGAGAAACUCAGUGAUGUUCUGUCCAAAUACAACCACAGGACUCUACAGAACUAUCUGGGCUGGACGCUCGUCAUGGACAGAGUCAGCAGCCUCAGUCGACGCUUCAAAGAUGUCAGAGCGCAUUACAGAAAGGCUUUGCAUGGCACAACGGUAGAAGAAGCGAGGUGGAGAGAUUGUGUCCGCUAUGUUCAGGGUAAUAUGGAGAACGCCGUGGGCGCCCUUUAUGUCCGGGAAACCUUCUCUGGAAACAGUAAACGAAUGGUGGGAGAUCUGAUCAAAAAGAUUCAAGAAGCUUAUGUGGACACCCUGGAGGAGUUAAGCUGGAUGGAUGAGCAGUCCAAAGAAAAGGCCAGAGAGAAGGCAAUGGCCGUAUCGGAACAGAUCGGUUAUCCCGACCACAUCCUGGAGGAGGAAAACAAGAAGCUGGACGAGGAAUAUACACACCUGAAUUUCAGUCAGGAGAACUACUUUGAGAAUGUUCUGGAGAACUUGGCAGCAUCCGCUCAGAAAGGUCAUAAGAAGCUGAGAGAGGCGGUGGAUCCCCACAUGUGGAUUAUUGGUGCUGCGGUGGUCAACGCUUUCUAUUCGCACAACAGAAACCAGAUUGUCUUUCCCGCUGGCAUCUUACAGCCGCCGUUCUUCAGCGAGAAACAACUUCAGGCUCUGAACUUUGGAGGAAUCGGGAUGGUUAUAGGACACGAAAUAACUCACGGAUUUGAUGACCACGGCCGGAACUUUGAUAAAGAUGGGAAUAUGAAUAACUGGUGGAGUAACUAUUCUGCCGAACACUUUGAAGAUCAAUCUAAAUGCAUGGUGGAACAGUAUGGAAAAUUCAGCUGGAAACUUGCAGGAGGCCAGAAUGUCAGUGGCAUCACAACAUUAGGAGAGAAUAUUGCAGACAACGGUGGAGUUCGCCAAGCAUAUAAGGCGUAUAUAAAGUGGGUGGAGAGGGAGGGCGAGGAGCCCCGUCUUCCCGGAUUGGACAUGGAUCAUAAACAGCUCUUCUUUCUAAACUUUGCCCAGGUCUGGUGUGGCGCUUGCCGUCCUGAAUACGCCAUACAGUCUAUCAAGACAGAUCCACACAGCCCUUUGGAGUACAGGGUCCUCGGAUCCCUCCAGAACUUUGAAGCGUUCUCCGAGGCCUUCCAUUGUGAACGAGGAACCCCCAUGAACCCAAAAGAGAAAUGUCGAGUGUGGUAACCCGUUAAUAUCCCGAGUCUGUGUAUAUUUCACCAACACGGCAGCUGUUGUGCUGUUAUUCCACAGUGGCACCUGCCUGUCGGUCUGAUGUGUGUUAGACGCCAACAUACGUGACUACAUAGAUGUUUACUGUGAACUUUCAAAUGCACACGCAUAACCAACAGAUGUGCAGAUGUAGUGAAGGGUGUUGUUUUGAGGCAUGCUUUCUCACCAAACGUUGAAGAGACGCUUGACUUUUAGAUUUCAUCUUGUGUGCCUGUUUGCAGGCUUCUCACGCGUUAUUAAUAAUGACGUUAGAUGAUGCCAAACGGUUUCAUUGUGCCGAGGCUUACUGACAUGGAGCAAAAAACCUUUUUCGGAUUAUGUAAACAGAUAAGUCCCCCGGCUGGCAUUCGAUUCUGUCGCCUCUCCGCAUAGAGAUUUCAAGAUGAGGUUCGGAAGCCCACGUACAUUGUGUCUUGGCAUCUUUCCUUUCUCAAUAGACAUCCUUGAGAUGUUUUAUAUAUAUAUACAUAUUUGGUUUAAAGCAUGCAGUGGUGAGAAACAGAGUCUUAUUGAUUGCAGUUUUCCUAAUUUUGUUAAUGCAUGUGCUGACCCUGUAUUUUUAUUUGGUUAAGUACGAGGGCUUAACGUUACGUGCAUCUGUAACUAUUACCUGACAACUUUAAGACUGUUAAAACGCUUCAAGCUUCAUGUUUUUGUCCAUAAAUAGAUUAGAUUAUCGAUGCCUGGCUUUGUGACACAGACUCUUGUACGCCAGCAGAAAAUGGCAGGCAGACACUGCAAUACAGGAACAAAAUAACAGGUCACAGACUAUUGUCUUGUUGUUUAACAAGACUUUUUGUGCUUUAAUAAGCGGGUUAAAGAUCUUGAACAUUUCAGAUGCUCCUGAUCUGGUUUUUCACUGGCUUUCCUUAGCAAAGAUGUCACUGCAUUGUGCGCUUUGAAAUUGUUUGCAUAUAUAUAUACUUACAUAUACAUAUAUAUAUAUAUAUAUACAUAUACACGCAAAAAAAAAAAUAUAUAUAUACACACACACACAUAUAC